AUGACCAUGCCUCCGGAAUGCCUGCGAUUCUUCUGCGUUGUGGAUUCCCCUCAUUCCUCCUGGAAAAUCUCGACAAUCCAACGAGAUCUGCUGGAACGUACGGGAGUCGCAGUGAGCAUCGCCUCUGAGUAUUGCUUCUAUGUCGUUCUUAAGGAAGGCGUCGAUGUGGACGAGUUUGAACGUUCUCAAAUGGACAAACUACGAUGGUUGUUAUCGCCGACACCAUUUGACGGUCGUUUAAUGAGCCAUUCUCAGCUGACUGGAACGGUCAAGGAGAUCGGGCCACGACUUACUUUCAAAACGGCCUACUGUACAAAUGCCUUGUCGGCGCUGUCAGCAGCAGGUAUCGAAGAAGUGACACGUCUCGAGCGGACUAUACGAUACCAGUUCGAUGGCGGACCGAUUCCGGAUGAUGAAACGCUUCUCGAGAUCGCCGGUGAUCGCAUGACGGAAUGCAUCUAUACGGAUCAGAUUGAUUUCACGCCUAUACGAGGUCGAGAGAAAGUCCUCGAAAUAGAUGUCCUCGGAGAUUCGACGAACCUUGACAAGGCCAAUGAAGAGCUCGGGUUGGCGUUCGAUGAAAACGAUCUUCUAUACUAUAAAGAUCUAUUCGUCAACAAAUUUCAAGAGCUGUUCGAUUUGGCGCAGUCCGACUCGGAGCACUCUCGUCAUUGGUUUUUCCGUGGAAGACUGAUCGUUGACGGGAACGAGAGAAAGGAGUCAUUGAUGGAUUCAAUACGAGCCACCCAGCAACACUCUAAUCCGAAUAAUAUCAUCGCCUUCUGUGAUAACUCGAGCGCAAUCCGUGGUUUUGACGAUCUUCCGGUUCUUCUCCCAUCCAAUCCAACAACGACAUCACCAUUGGAGGUUCAACGCCACCUCCGGCACCUAACCUACUCAGCAGAAACUCACAACUUCCCAACAGCCGUUUGUCCGUUCCAGGGAGCGACGACAGGUACCGGUGGGCGCAUUCGCGACACACAUGCUACAGGAAGAGGAUCGCACGAAAUCGCCGGCAUAGCAGGAUACUCUGUUGGAAAUCUACAUCUCCCAGACUAUCACAUGAAGUGGGAGGAUAGCGAUGACAAGUUCCCAUAUGCAUUCAGUCAUCCACGAAACGUUCUCAUCGAGGCGUCUAAUGGAGCAUCCGAUUACGGUAACAAGUUCGGUGAACCUGUUGUGUGUGGUUUUGCACGAACGUUUGGACAACGCUUGCAAAAUGGUGAACGAUGUGAAUACAUGACGACCAAACGUCCAAAGCAGAACUGUCGAAAUGGCAUGAUGCUGGCGAAGAUCGGCGGUCCAGUGUAUCGAGUAGGAGUCGGUGGCGGAGCUGCCUCCUCACAAUCUGUCCAAGGUUCACGUGAAUCCGCACUGGAUUUCUGUGCCGUGCAGCGUGGCGACGCCGAAAUGGGCCAAAAAUUGCAUCGAGUGGUUCGAGCCUGCGCCGAGCUAGGCUCAGCAAACCCAAUCUUAUCUAUCCACGACCAGGGAGCCGGUGGUAACGGUAAUGUCCUAAAGGAGUUGGUCGAAGAUGGAGGAGCAGUGAUCAACGCGGAUAGUUUCGAACUGGGAGAUGAGACGAUUUCAGCUCGCGAGUUGUGGACCGCUGAGUAUCAGGUAAGACACCUUAUAGCCCUAUUGGCUGAAGUAGGGAGGCUAGAUACGUCUUCGGGAAACUUCAACCCGAAGGUUCAUCUUGUCUUCCUACUUCAGCACUCAGCCGCGACCUGGAUGGCGCUGGUUCAGUAUCUGGACGCGCCGCAUCUCGCUAAUCCAUUCUGCAGGACCAGCUCUCGAUGA